AACGGUCGAGUAAUUCCAUUGCUUUGGGCUUGGUUGUCUUUGCUCGCUUUCAAAUCUCGUGCAUUGCCUACUCCAGUUGUGUAAUUCGCAUAGAACUACUACAAAAUGGCCGACGCGAAGCUGAAUGUUGGGUUCCUGGGGCUGGGCAUUAUGGGUGAGGCGAUGGCCCGCAACCUGAUGAAGAGUGGACUGUUCGCUUCGGUCACGGUGUGGAACCGGACGCUCGCAAAGUGCCAGACUCUUGUGUCCGAGGGUGCCAAGAUGGCUGAGACGCCCGCUGCGGUUGUUUCCUCCUGCGACAUUACCUUCGCUAUGCUGGCUGACCCGGAUGCCGCGUUGGCUGCCGUGUUCAGCGACAACGGCGUCCUCAAGGGCAUCAGUGCCGGCAAGGGGUACGUUGACAUGUCGACGGUGGAUGAGGCAACCUCCACCAAGAUCGGCGAGGCAGUCACCGCCGCCGGCGGCCGCUUCGUGGAGGGCCCCGUGUCUGGAUCCAAGAAGCCCGCCAUCGAUGGGCAGCUGAUCAUCAUGGGCGCCGGCGACAAGGAGCUGUACGAGCAGUGUCAGCCCGCCUUCGGCGUGAUGGGCAAGAAGUCGUUCUACCUGGGCGCCACGGGGGCGGCGGCGCGCAUGAAGCUGGUGGUCAACAUGGUCAUGGGGGCCAUGAUGGGGGCCUUCUGCGAGGGAAUGGCUCUGGCUGACAAGUCUGGCCUGGAGCAGUCGGCGCUGCUGGAGAUCCUGGGGCUGGGUGCCAUGGCCAACCCCAUGUUCGCGAUGAAGGGCCCCGCCAUCAUGGGCCGCGCCUACCCGCCCGCCUUCCCGCUCAAGCACCAGCAGAAGGACCUGCGCCUGGCGCUGGCGCUGGGCGACGCGCUGAACCAGCCUCUGCCUGUGGCGGCCGCCGCCAACGAGUCGUUCAAGACCGCAAAGGCGCUGGGGCGCGGUGAUGAGGACUUCGCGGCGGUGUACGAGGCCACCCAGAAGUAAACGAGAAGCAACAUGGUUGCGGCGGUGUACGAGGCGGCCCAGAAAUGGAUGGAUACGUGUUUGAGGCUUGGUGCGGUGUGGGGUGUAUUGGCCUAAUGCGUGCGGUGGAGGCGUGAUGUGCGGGAGUGAAACGGGUAGUUUGCGGAUGGGACUGGAGGGGGGCCGGAGUCGGGCCCACGAAGGGCUGGGCAGGCUUGGAGAUUUGGAGAAGGGCUUUCCUGGAGAAGGGCUUUUCUGCGGGGUACGUUGAAUGGAGCGUGACCAUGCAGGGUGGAAAGCGGCGCGACGCGUGCACAGGUGCACUGGGUCUGCAUUUUGGUAUUACACAGAGCUCAAAAUGGGUAUGCUGUCACGCACAGAUUCAUGAUCUUCUAGGUGGCAGCAGGCCUCAGCAGGGUACCUUGGGUGGCAGGCACCUUUGCGUGCAAGACGGGAUGAGGCACGAUCAAGUGGCGGGUAGGCAAAUCGGUCGCAUAAUUGUAGUUUACAAAUGUUUCCCCUACUUUCACACUCCAUAAGUUACAUUUUGCAAACAAGGACGGUCGCGCGCACACGUCUGGCAGCAGCUGUGAUGUCCUAGCGCAAUUAAUAACUAGAUGUCUGCAGGCUCGUGAAACUUGGUAGCUGCCAUUACAGAUAAUUUAAAUGCAUCUGGAAGCUGUCGGCGAGGCCCCAGCGGCCCAGGCUUGCGCCCUACGAUGCCUCUUUGACGUGCUAAAGCCUGUGUGGCCGCUACUGAGCAUAAAUGAGCAGUUGGCGCUGCGCAGCUCCUGCCGAGCUGGCCGCGCGGCGC